AUGAAUAAACUAAAACUACAUGUAGCAAGAAAAAGAUGUUCAUGUCUGCGGUAUCCACGUCAUUUAUUUUUACUUUUUAAAUAUUUAAAAUACAAAUUUUUUAGAACUUUUUUUUAUUAUAAAUAG